AUGUCACUUAUUGCCAGAGAUAAUGGGUCACCACAGAAAGAAGGUGUACUUCAUAUAAAAAUAAUUAUUAAAGAUAUUAAUGAUAAUUUCCCUGUGUUCUCUCAAAAUACUUAUAAUGUCACUGUAAAUGACACACACCAGUUAAACAAACCGAUUGCAAAGCUGUUGGCUACGGAUUUAGAUGAAGGAGAAAAUGGAUUAAUAUCUUAUUUUUUCAAUGCCAUAACAUCAAAAUAUACUGAACAGUUUUUCAGAUUAGAUGAAGUAACUGGAUAUUUGUUUCUGAAGAAAGAAUUUCAAUUUGGAAGGAUAUAUAAAUUGUUUGUUGAAGCAAGGGAUAAUGGUAACCCACCAAUGUCCUCAACUGCAACUGUUCUUGUAACUGGAAUCAGUCAUCUUAACAAUCCUCCCAAAAUUGAUGUCAAAUUUGUCUUCAAGUCGACUGGAAACACAGCAGUCAUCUCAGAAGGAACUUUAAUUCACAGUUUUGUUGCUUUUGUCAAUGCUAUUGACAAUGACAGUGGAAAAAAUGGACAAGUGAAGUGUCAUUUACAAAAUAGAUAUCUUCAGCUUAUCGCAGAGUCUGAAAAGAAUUACAAAGUUGUUGUCAAGAGUGAAAUAGAUAGAGAGAGUGAGAAGAGCUUUAAUUUCACCAUUAAAUGUCAAGAUAAUGGUUUACCUCCAUUGAAAGUAGAGAAACAGUUUUCUGUGCUGGUCACUGACAUAAAUGAUGUACAACCUCAGUUUAGUCAGGACAUAUUUAAGUUUCUCACCUAUGAAAAUGAACACAAAGACUUCCCUGUUGGCUAUGUCAAUGCCACAGACCCAGAUAUUGGAGAUGGAGGACAAUUAACCUAUUCUCUAUUAUCUAAUGGAAAAGAUAUUCUACCAUUUCAGAUAUCUGAUGUGGGAUUCAUUUCCACAACUGAGUCCCUAGACAGAGAAGAAAAGAACCUGUAUGAGUUUAAGGUUUUAGUAAAAGAUAAAGGAACACCAUCACUGGAGAAGAGAGCAAAUGUUGUUGUUGAGGUUAUGGAUUUAAAUGAUAAUGCUCCCUAUUUCAGUUUCCCUAAUGUUGACCCUUUCACUCUUAAUGUCCACUACCAUCCCCACUCUGACCAGGAUAUCACAGUUGUUAGGGCCUCUGACAGAGACAGCCAACACAAUGCCUUCCUCACAUAUGAAAUACUCAGAGGUAAUGAGAAACACUUAUUUCAAAUGAACCAUCACUCUGGUGUCUUAUCUUUCUCUCGCUCACUUUACCAAAAUGAUGCUGGAUUCUAUGAACUGGAAUUAGGUGUGAAAGACAGUGGCAGUCCAGUUCUGUCAUCGACAACAACUUUGUCUUUGACUCUCACAGUUAGUAACACCACAUCAAAGAUAUUUAAGACCCCUUCAAAGACAACAACAGAAUCAAGUAAUGGUCUCCAAUUGAAUGUGAUGAUUGUUAUUGUUAUAGCAGCUGUGAUCGUAUCAGUUGUCAUAGUGAUCUCUAUAUCAAUCUGUAUAGUUCAUAGACUGAAGCAGACAGACAGCAACUAUAACAACAGUGUUGAUAUGUACCACAAGGUUACACCUGCAUUAAACGUACAAUCAAAAUAUAUAUUUGAUCCUACCUGUGUUCCACCUGGCAUUUCGUACACGAUGUCGAGAAAACUGAAGCCAUCUCAAGAAUCAAAGGUUUAUAGGGAAGAUACUUACUGCAGAACCAUGCCAUGUGAUAAGUGGAACGAUUUUACUUUGAACAGACCUGAACAGAUUUUUAUUCCCAGAGAGGAAAGUAUGUCUCCAGGUUACAGAGAACUGAACAAUCCUGACCAAUUCAGUGAGAUGUCAACAUUGUCAUCUCACACUGAUAGUGGUCAAGGCUGGAGUGUCGGUAGUGCUGGACAUUAUGAGGAACUGCCAGAUCUGUGCCGUUACCAAAGUGACCAGACAUGGAAUAGGAGAAAUCAACUUCAAAACACACUCAACAGAUCAAGGGGAGAUAACAAAUAUGGAUAUCACCAUCAACCUAAUGUCGAUAAUAACACUUCCUGUUCGAUUGACCAAACACCUUUGACUAUUACUGGGAUCACAUCUAACAUAACUGGACAACAUUCUACAGUACCAGUGAAAAGUCAGUUUACUUCAGACUGUAAACCAUCUCUGCCAGCUGUACCCAAAAUAACAACACUACCGAAGGUACCUUCAUCACCCCAGGUACCUCCACUUCCUCCCCUGUCUGCAACAGACGUCUAAUAGCAUAAUUUCAAGAACAUAACAAAGCAUUAUUUUCUCAAGACAGGCAAUACAAUUUCAGUAAGGAAUACAUUAAAAGAAAAUAUUAAUAACAAAACAAUAUUUCAUUUCAUAGUAGAACACGCAUCAAUAAUGUUUCAUUCAUUAGU